AUGCCGCUGGGCACAGGCUACGCACUGGAGAAGAAAGUAUUCAAAAGUAAAGUGGGGGAAAAAAUUGGCCUGCCUUGUUGUCAUGAAAUUCCCAGCUCAGAAAGCCUAAGUAAUUACCGAGUCUACUGGCAGAAGAACAUUAGAGAGGUAGUGUCUGCCUAUUCAGAAGGGAAGAAGAUGCCCAAUGACAAACAGUAUGACAACCGGACAGAGAUGGACCUCAGGAACCUCACCCUGUGGAUCUCCCCGGUGGAAAUCCUGGACAAUGGCUUUUACCAGUGUAUAGUUCAGAAGCGCGAGUUAUUACAGAACCCGUCUGUUGUGUGUGAUGAAACUGUCACCCUCUUUGUUACAGCUGAUUUCAGCACGCCGAACGUAACAGCAGACGUACUCACUAAUUCUUGUGAAUCAACUGAGAUGGCAGUAAUAUGUUCUUCUCAUGGAGGUUUCCCCAGACCCAAAAUUUCUGGAGCCCUCAACAACAAGUCCGUGGAGUGGAAUGACAGCUUGGUGUCCGAGUCCAGUUUCAAACUGUACAACAUCACUGCCAAAGUGCGGAUCAGCGUGACUGAAGACACCAACUUCACUUGCUCUGUUGAAUACAAUGGCUUUGCCAAGUCCACCAGUUUGCUUCUGAAAAAAAAAAAUGACUGUGUUGUCCCUACUGAGCCUCCCUCUUUUAAUGUCAUUAUUGCUUCAAGUAUCAUCAUUAUCAUCUUCCUCUUGGCUAUGACCCUAGCAGCAAGAUACCUCCCAAGACAUG